AUGGCGUUUUCAUGGGGAUCGCAGUUUACCGGGUCCAAAAUCCUUUUCUACUCCACCUUCUGGGCUUUUCACGUUGCGAUAUUUGCGAUCGGAUGGUGGCAGCAAGCAACAAACCCCAAGUUGUCAACACUCAACGCCCUGGGUUAUUCCGUAUGGAUCUCCAGAGCUGCAGGGCUGGUUCUCACCUGCGAUGGGGCCUUGAUCUUACUUCCCAUGUGCCGGAAUAUCAUCAAGACACUCCGACCACGCGUGCGAUGGAUGCCGCUCGAUGAGACGGCCUGGUUCCAUCGCCAAGUGGCAUAUGCCCUCCUCCUCUUCACCAUUCUCCACGUCGCUUCCCACUAUGUUAACUUUUUCAACAUUGAAAAAGACCAACUCCGCCCGGUGACGGCCGUGCAGAUCCACUUCACCCAGGCGGGUGGAAUCACCGGUCAUGUCAUGCUUCUCUGUAUGAUGCUGAUGUACACCACCUCGCAUCGGCGCAUCCGACAGCAGUCAUUCGAGACCUUCUGGUACACGCAUCACCUGUUCGUCCCAUUCAUGCUCGCCCUGUACACGCACGCCACGGGGUGCUUUGUCCGCGACACCGACCAUCCGAUUUCACCGUUCGCGGGGAAGCAGUUCUGGGACCAUUGCAUCGGGUAUGAGGGGUGGAGGUGGGAGCUUGUGGGCGGCGGACUCUACCUUCUCGAGCGACUUUAUCGCGAGAUUAGGGCUCGUCGUGCCACGGUCAUCACCAAAGUGAUCCGUCACCCUUACGAUGCCAUGGAGGUCCAAUUCUGCAAAGACAGCAUGAAGUACAAGGCCGGACAGUGGCUCUUUAUCCAAGUCCCCGAGGUCUCCAGCAACCAGUGGCACCCAUUCACCAUCACCUCGUGCCCCUUCGACCCAUACAUCAGCAUCCACGUCCGCCAAGUCGGGGAUUUCACCCGGGCUCUCGGAGACGCACUAGGAUGCGGACCCGCGCAGGCCCGAGACCUCGAAGGGCUCGACCCCCUCGGCAUGUACGAAGUCGCCCUCGAAAACGGGCAGAAGAUGCCCAAACUCCGCGUCGACGGGCCCUACGGAGCGCCCGCCGAAGACGUCUUCGAGAACGAAAUUGCCGUCCUAAUUGGCACCGGCAUCGGGGUAACGCCAUGGGCGUCUAUCCUAAAAAACAUAUGGCACCUGCGGUCCGGCCCCAACCCCCCGAGACGUCUGCGCCGUGUCGAGUUCAUCUGGGUGUGUAAGGAUACGUCGUCCUUUGAAUGGUUCCAGGCGCUGCUCUCUUCGCUGGAAUCCCAGUCCGCUUCAACAGCUGCCAGCCAGGGCAGCGCCGAGUUCUUGCGCAUCCACACGUACCUCACGCAACGUCUGGAUCCCGACACAGCGGCUAACAUCUACCUCAACUCGGUGGGUCAGGAUGUCGACCCACUGACGGAGUUGCGGAGUCGUACCAACUUUGGUCGCCCGGAUUUUACCCGCCUGUUCACUGCCAUGCGAGACGGUCUGCACGAUCAGACGUACAUGUCUGGUCUGCAUGGGGCUUUGACCACCGAGAUUGGAGUGUACUUCUGCGGGCCCAACGCGGCGGCUCGACAGAUCCGUGAAGCUACCUCGAAAGCGUCGACGAGGGAUGUGAGGUUCAAGUUCUGGAAGGAGCACUUUUGA